UUUUAUGAAUUCGGAAAAGACACCGGAUUCAGCUCCAGCUGACAAACCAUGGAACACAUUGACGGUGGCGUCGGUGCAUUGUAUCCGAGCUGCGUUGGCCACCGCAGUGGGCGCUGCCAUCGCAGCCGGCCGAGGCUACAAGCUGGUACGAGCCACCUCGCAGGUCGCUGCACAGCUACUACAUCCGGUUUGACGGGGAUGGUGACAAGGUUCAGUACAAGAUCACCGCCUAGAGUCGUCCGUGGUUGAAGGAACCGACCGAGGCGCUGCAAAUUACGACCUGUUGCACUCGUAACCAUGUAACCAUGGUUGGUGAGGUGACCAAAACAAACCGUUUCGUUCCAAAGUUGGAUCGAUAGUUGCGGCCACUUGCAAUCGUUCAGUCUGGUGCAAAAUGUUUUCCCAAAAUAUGAUGAUCCGCGACGGAGAGUACACCAAAACCAUCUACACCAUGAUCAAGGAGGAACGCUUCCUAGAGGCCAUCAACGUACUGAAUGGAAUCCCGGAGGUGUCGACGACCCGUGCCGGAUUGUCCCUCCUCGGCCAUUGCUACUACCAAACCCAGGACUUUAUCGAGGCGUCCAACUGCUACGAAACGCUGGUCAACCUGGUUCCGGACGUCCCAGAGUACAAGCUGUACUACGCCCAGUCGCUGUUUCAAGCGGGUCUCUUCGAGGAGUCUCACCGUAUCAUAACUGCGGUGGACGCUCCCCACCUCAAGGAUAAGGUCAUGCAGCUGUUGUCGGCAAUUGCCUAUGGCAACGAGGACUACUCGACGGCUCAGUCGCUGCUUCUGCAGCGCCAAGGAAGCGGCCAGGAAGCAACGGUUAAGAACGACGAAGGUUGCCUGCUGUACCAGGCCAACAUGCACGAGGACGCACUGGCGCGGUACGUCUCGGCACUGCAAGCCGGUGGGUUCAAUCCGCACAUCGCCUACAAUGCCGCGCUGUGCCACUUCCGGCGGAAGGAGAACUCGCAAGCGUUGAACUACAUCGCGGAGAUUGUCGAGCGUGGCAUCCGGAACCAUCCGGAGCUGGGAGUCGGCGCUCAGGCGGAAACGGAAGGUGGAGCUCGCAGUGUGGGAAAUCCUCCGGCACUGGCCGCUUCCGGGUUGGCACAGGCGUUUAAUCUGAAGGCAGCUAUUGAGUACCAGGAGGGUAAUGUGGAAGGAUCUCGCGAAGCGCUGACGGAUUUACCUCCACGUUCCGAACCUGAACUGGAUCCGGUUACCUUGCACAACAUGGCGCUCACCGAUCCCGUAGGAGGAGGAGCCGGACUACGUCGUUUGGCUUUCCUCCUAGAGUUAGGCCCUCCAACGUGUCCACCGGAAACGUUCGCGAACCUGCUCCUUCUCUGCUGCAAGCACGAGAUGUACGAUACGGCCGCGGAUAUCCUGGCCGAGCACACCCACUUGACCUACAAGUACCUAUCUCCCUAUCUGUACGACCUGCUGGACGCCCUAAUCACCGCUCAAUCUACUCCGGAGGAAGCAGAGCAGAAGUUGGGCGUGCUGGCCAACAGCAUCGGAGGCCGGUUACGCUCGCUUGCGGCCAAGGUUCAGGAGUGUCGCUCGGCUCCCGAUCAGAACGCCCUGCGCAUGGCCCUCCGAGAGUACGAAUCCGCUCUGGAGAGCUACCUACCCGUGGCUAUGGCUCGCGCUUGGAUCCCCUGGCGGGUAGAUGACUUCCAGGGUGCGGAACGUGAGUUCCGGGCAAGUGCCGAGUUCUGUUCGGAGACGCCAACCUGGCGCCUCCACGCCGCCCACGUGCUGUUCAUGCGAGGUGACCGCUACAAGGAAGCGGCCGCCUUCUACGAACCCAUCGUCCGGCAGAACUACGACGACAUCCUAGCCGUUCCGGCUUCGGUCCUAGCGAACCUCUGCGUUGCGUACAUCAUGACCUCGCAGAACGAAGAAGCGGAGGAGUUGAUGCGCAAGGUGGAGCGUGCCGAGGAACGCAAGGGGAACGCCAACGGGCAGUGUCUGCAUCUGUGCAUCGUGAACCUGGUCAUCGGGACGCUCUACUGCGCCAAAGGGAACUACGAGUUCGGGUUGUCCCGCAUUGCGCACGCCCUGGACGGCGGAUCCGGAGCCAGACUGUGUGCAGACACGUGGCUCCACGUGAAGCGCUGCGUGCUCGGCCUGUUGACCGGGCUGGCCAAGCAGACGAUCGUGCUGCCCUCGAUCGCCAUCCAGGAGACGUUGGCGUUUUUGCGGACUUGCGAAGCGUACGGCUUGACUAUUCCGUCGGUGCUGACCGGUCCGCUCGAGGACAGCGGCGAGCAACCGCCGACGAUCGGACUCGAGGCUCGGAAGCUGAGGGCGCUGCUGUCACGGCUGAUGGAGUACAAGUAGGCUGUGCAGUUUCGCAACCUAUUUUUUUAGAAAGUGUCAUUCCCCGGAAUUGUUUACAAUUUUCUCAACGUGUGUUUCUGUGAAAUGUGUGUGCAUAACAUAUCUUACCACAGCAAAGAAAAUGAUAGAUUUCUGGUUUUUAUCACCCUAACCCCACGAUUUUUUUGAUUGGUUAUAAACGUCAGUCACGCUGACAACGGAAAUACACGUUAAAUUUGAAAUAUCGUAUCUGAGUUGAGUUUCAUCCUGUGAUAUUUGAAUUUCGAGUCAAGGACUUCGGAUCCAAGGCUGUAUAUCAUAGGUACUCGCGAACUUGCUUUGCAUUAGUGUGAGUGCAUGACUCCGUGCCACUAAAACCAAAACAAUAACAAACGAACAAUGGACCGUGCCAGGAAAACCAAAACAUAAACAAUGUCAGUGUCAGUGGAGUGAGAGAGUCAGAGAUAACGAUUUUGACAACCGCACUACUACACACUCAAUCGCGAGUACCUUAGGUAGAAAGCCAUGCUUCGGAUCAAACCAAGAAC